AUGGAUGUCCAGACUCUAACGAAUGUUUUAUUUACCCUGAUUUCUUCGUUAUUUUCUUGUGUAACUCUGUAUGAAGGCUCGGAUACUAAUCACUAUUUGGCACAAGAAUAUGGACAUUUAAAACCGUUUGGAAGUGGUCGACCAAUACAUAAUGUGGAAACGAUAGCGGAAUUUCCAGAUCCAAUUACGUUUAACACUGAGUACUUCACCCAACAAAAACCAGUUUUAAUCCAAGGAGGCGCUAAAAUUUCUCCAGCGUUUGACUUAUGGACAGAUGAUUAUUUCCUGAAGCAAGACCUGCAGAAACCUGUCAACAUCAGUGUCGAGACGUUAAAAAAAGAAGUGAGGGGACAGAACAUGCUUGAAAUGGAUUUUAAAGAAUUUGUGAAGAUUUAUCCUAAUUCGACUUACUAUAUGGUAGACCUUGUUCCAGAGUUCAUCCAGAAGGAUCUGGUUCUACCUUUCUCGUUACAGUGUCCGGAUUUAAUGGGAGGUGGUAUUGAUGAGGUGAUUAUGUGGUUAAGUGGCGGAGGAACCAGCUCAGUAGUACAUAGUGAUCCUUCAGACAACCUGAAUUGCGUCUACCGAGGUACCAAAGAUUUUAUCAUUGUCGAUCCUCUCAAAUAUGGCGAGUUAGUUCCCUUCGAUAGCGAAGAUCAGUCGCAUUCGUUACUGGACGUUGAUAAAGCAGAUUAUGUGAAAUAUCCUGGAUUGGCCAAAGUUGAGUUUAUCCAUGCUCACCUGGAACCCGGUGACUGUCUAUACAUACCUGCCAGUUGGAUCCACCAAGUGAGAUCGUAUAACAUCAAUCUGGCGGUAAAUAUCUGGUGGAGCAACCUGUUUACCCAAUAUAUAGAUACGGACACCUGUUUGAAACAGUUCGACCAAACCAUAACUCUCGAUAAACUGGAAUUCGCUGGGAUAGGAAAACCUUUGCUGAUACGAUAUUGGUUACUUCCUAAACUGAGCAGUCGAUCUUCCAAAUCCAUCAGCGAGUCUGAAAUGAUUGACUCUCUUAACUCUGAGUUUCUAUUUGGGUUGAGAUUACAACAGAAGAGACUUGGUGCUAUAGAGGACAUGUACAAGAAGUUGUUUAAGAAGCUAGACGAGAAUAACGACGGUCUGGUGACAAUCAAAGAGUUUAUGAAGAUCCCACCGAAACAAUUAGAACGUUAUGAUGUUAUACUUCAUUACACAGAUAAACUCCGCGCUUCAUUGGACCCUAAAGUUUUGGCUGACGAAUAUUGGAAAAUAACACAUUAUGAAUUUUAA